UGGACAAGGCGUACGAUGCUUAGGGAUGCUUGGACGAACGACGGUGGGAAAGGCUGGUGGCGAUGGUGGUCCAGGUUGGGCGGAUUGUUGGCGAUGGCGGCAGCCAUAUCCUGUCUCGUUGCCCCGUUUCCGGGCGCCUCGGCCAAUCCGGAAGCGAAGCGUCUCUACGAUGACCUGCUGUCGAACUACAACCGCCUCAUCCGCCCUGUUGGCAACAACAGCGAUCGCCUCACUGUCAAAAUGGGACUACGCCUCUCCCAGCUCAUCGACGUCGUGAGUAGACCCCACUUAACCCAUUAUCCUAUCGCAUGAAUAGCGUUUAUACUCUAUA